AUGGCUGCCACUGCACCUGCCAACACUGGCGCUUCGACGUCCAAGUCGCCCGCUCCCUACGGCGAGGCUUUCAACCGCAUCACGUCGGUCCCUCUCGUCUCUCAGACGCUCAACCUGGCGCACCAGACGCUCGAGUCUCACUCGCUCCUCGCUCAGCCUUACCACUUUGGCGGCAACGUCGUCUCGUCGUCCCUCAAGGCUGCCGAGCCUGUCACGACGCGCAUUCAGCCCCAGCUGGCGCUCCUCGACGACUACGCCGUCAAGAGCCUGAACUUCGCCGAGUCCAAGUGGUCUUACCCCUUCCACGCCACCACCGAUGACGUCUACAAGAACGCGCGCGCCCCCGCCGACCAGGCCAUUGCUCUGCUCCACGCCUACUACGACGCCGUUCAGAAGACCUACGCCGAGCGGGUCGUCAACCCGGCAAAGGGCCUCUACGACGCGCGAGUGGCACCCGUGUACAACCAGGCCAACACGCAGUUCCAGGAGUUGACCAAGCAGAACCAGUACCUGCAGCGCGCCACGGAGAUUGUCUCAAACCUGCAGACGAACCUCGCCAAGACCAUCGACUCGAUCUCGUCGCGAGGCAAGGCCGACGGUGAGCAGGCUGUCCAGAAGGCUCAGGGCCUCUCCAAUGCCAUCUUUGCCGAGCUCGAGCGUGUUCGUGGCUACGCUACGGCGCUCCCCGCGGAGUCCCGCAAGCGCGUCGAGCCGGUUCUCCAGACGUUCAACGAGACGUUCGACAAGCUCAACAAGGAGGCCCGUGACACCUCGGUGCCUGCCUUUGAGCGCUUCCGCAAGGUUCUUUCCUUCGUCCGCGAGCAGAGUCUGCCUGCCCUGCAGAAGGCCAUUGUCAACCCGCCCAGCAGCACCCCUACGCCGGCUGCUAAGUAA